AUGGAUCUGAAAACAACCAUAAGUCCUUCAGUUGAGUUCGGGUUGCGGGCUAUCGGAAUUUGGCCAGGAUCUCGCAGCAUCUUAUUUCGGACUUUUUGGACAAUCUCUUUGGGUCUCGCUCAAACAUUCCAAUUUAAAUACAUCGUUGCUUGCAUCGAAACUGCUAACUUUCUUGAUUUGAUAGACAGUGUCAGUACCACGCUACCUUACAGCUUGCUCUGUUUAAAACUAAUUAUCCUCUGGCAGAAUCAGAAAUUAUUUAACGACAUUUUGACAUCGAUGUCACGAGAUUGGCGCAACUGCGAUGCCGUCGCUUUCGAUGUACGCAUUAUGACGAAUAAAGCAACUCUUUCUCAUCGUUGCUCAAUGUUGAUUAUCGGAGUAUACUCGAUUGCCGUUGUGGUUUAUGUUUCCGUUAUAAUGGAAUUUAACAGCAUUAAUAGUGAGUCUGGCAGAGGAGAACUCUUUCUUAAGAUGGAAUUCCCCUUUGUUUAUGAAUUUUCUCCUAUUUACGAAAUCGUCAUGUUCACUCAAUUUGUACAAUUAUUGAGCAACGCUUCGGUAAUUGGGAUACUGAAUGCACUGAUUAUAACAUUGUCAAUUGAAAGUAACAAAGGAUUUGAUAUGUUGUUGAAAUCUUUAUUCUUUUACAUCGCUAUUACUUUGGAGGCCUUCAUCUUUUGCUUUGCUGGAGAAUAUCUUAGCAAUAAGAGCAAAUCAGUCGCAAACGCAGCUUACGAGGCUCUUUGGUACGAUGCAAAACCCAGCGAAAGUAGAAAUUUAGUAAUUUUAAUAUUGAGAUCACAAAAACGACUGACAUUAACAAUUGGAAAAUUUAAUGAUUUAUCGUUGGAAGUUUUUGCAUCUCUUAUUCUCUGGGAAAUACGUGCAGCGAUCGUACGGAAGUCUCGUCAGGAACUUACGCUCGUUUUGUCCGGCUUUGUCAACGAAGAGAUAAAAAAACGUGGAUUUUUGUGCGAGAUGAUACCGACUAGCACUGUCAGCCGACCGGUCGAAAUCGGCCUCCGUCUUACUGGAAUAUGGCCAAAUUCCUCGAUUUUCUUCAGAUUGCUUUGGACAUUGGUGAUGGGAACAGGACUGAUCUUCCAGUAUCAUUAUCUUUUAAUACACUUUAGUAUUAAGGAACUGCCGAAUUUGAUAGAUGGUUUAAGCACUACUUUGCCGUACAAUCUUCUUUUCUUCAAGCUGGUUGUCCUGUGGGUUAAUAACCGAUUAUUCAUUGAUAUUCUGACGGCGAUGUCCAACGAUUGGAGUGAAUAUUCUAACAUAUACGCUAUGAUCGACAAGGCGAUUCUUGCGCAUCGCUGCUCAAAAGUGACCAUCGGUGUUUACUCUACAGCGGUGUUGCUUUACAGUACCGCGUCUAUUAACUUUCGCAAACAGACCAACGGCAGUUGUCGAGAGUUGUUGAUAAAAAUGGAGCUGCCGUUCGAAUUUUGCAAUUCGCCAAUUUACGAAAUCGUGGAAUGCGUGCAAUUCGUUCACUUAAUGGCAGUUGCCUCCGCCAUAGGUAUGCUGGACGCACUCAUGGUUACUUUGAUGCUACACAUUGGUGGACAGAUAGAUCUUAUGCAACAGGAAGUGGAAGAGAUUUGCCCUAAGAAUAAUAAAUAUAAUUUACCCACUACCAUAUUGAAAUCUUUAAUUAAUAAACAUCAUAAAAUUAUCGCUUUCUCGGAGAAUAUUGAGAGUCUUUUUUCUCACAUUGCACUAAUGCAAUUUUUUUCGAAUACCUUGAUCAUAUGUUGCAUCGGAUUCCUUAUAGUAACUUCGAUGGGCACAGAUGAAGGAGUCAGGAUGUUAGUGAAGACCUUGUUUUUUUACAUCGCUAUCACUUUGGAAGCAUUUAUCUUCUGUUUCGCCGGUAUAUAUCUGAGUAAUAAGAGCAGAACGAUCGGCGAUGCCGUAUAUGAAUCUGUUUGGUAUACUCUCAAGCCUCGGGAUUGCCGCAUUUUACUACUUGUUAUAAUGAGAUCGCAAAAAUGUCUGACAAUUACUGCGGGGAAGUUUAUGGAUUUAUCAUUGGAAGGAUUCACAAAUGUAAGUAAAUAUUAUUUUAAAUAUGACAAUAAUUUGAAGAUACGUAUACACAUGACGACUACAAGCACUGUUGCUCUCGUGGUGCAAAUCGGUCUUCGAGGAAUUGGAUUUUGGCCUAAUACACCGUGCGCCCUGUUGUUUCGGUGUCUUUGGAUAUUGACCAUCGGCAUAGUGCAGACUCUCCAAUAUUGGUGGAUCGUUAUUCACUUUAGAACUGAUGAUAUGUCGCACUUGAUGGAUGGUUUAAGUGUCACCAUAGAGUACAGCGUGAUGUCCCUGAAACUGAUUAUUUUAUGGUUCAAUAGUCGUAUAUUUUACGACGUCCUAGCUGCGAUGGCUACAGACUGGAGGGAAGCCACCAGCAGCGAAAUGAACAUCAUGAUGAGCAAGGCAAAUCUAUCACGACGCAUUUCUAAUAUUAUUGUCACGCUCCAUGCUGCAUCGUUUGUUUGCUUCGGCAUUGAGGUGCUUGCAUCCUAUACCGACGAUUACGAUGAUGAUGAGACGCUUGUUCGCGUGUUCACAUUGAAGCUACAACUUCCGUCGCAGUGCAACGAAUCGCCGCUGUACGAGCUUGUUACAGGUUUGGAGUUCUUUCAUCAAUUGGCAGCUUCCACUACGACCGGCGUACUUAACAGUCUGCUCAUCACAUUAAUUCUUCAUACGAGCGGUCAGAUAGAAAUUUUAUGUGAUAUAUUAAAGAAUAUCUCUUCUGAAAUGAACAAUCAACAAUUAGCUUUCAGUAUGAAGAAAGUGAUUGGCAAGCAUCAGAAGAUCAUCACGUUUUCAGAUAAAAUUGAAAAAAUCUUUUCUUAUAUAGCGCUAAUUCAAUUUAUGUCGAGCACAUUGCUAACUUGCUGCAUAGGAUUCACGAUCAUAACGUCGAUCGACACACAAGAUUCGGAUACGAUUGAUGGCACGGCACUAAUGAAAGCUGUGGUGUUUUAUAUAGCUGCUGCGGUGGAGGCAUUUAUUUUCUGUUUUUGCGGAGAAUACCUCACUGCAAAGAGCAAAAUGAUUGGCGAUGCAGCGUACAAAUCAGUUUGGUAUGAUUUUACACCCAAGGAGAGUAAGCUUGUUCUGCUUAUAAUAUUGAGGUCACAAAGAAGACUUACCAUUACUGCUGGAAAUAUGAUGGACCUGUCGCUAGAGGGAUUCACGAAUAUGUCACGACGCGAUAACAUGAUUACAAGCACUGUUGCUCUUUGGGUGCAAAUCGGUCUUCGAAGUAUUGGGUUUUGGCCUAAUACGCCUUGCGCCUUGUUGUUUCGAUGCCUUUGGAUAUUGACCAUCGGUAUAGUGCAGACUUUCCAAUAUUGGUGGAUCAUUAUUCACUUAAGAACCGACGAUAUGUCGUACUUGAUGGAUGGUUUAAGUGUCACUAUAGAAUACAGCGUUAUGUCUCUAAAACUGAUUAUUUUGUGGUUCAAUAGUCGUAUAUUUUACAACGUCUUAGCUGCAAUGGCUGCAGAUUGGAGGGAAGCCACCAGCAGCGAAAUGCACAUCAUGAUGAGCAAGGCAAAUCUAUCGCGGCGCUUUUCCAAUGUUAUCAUCGGGCUUCAUUCGGUAGCAGUGAUGUGCUUCGGCAUUGAGGUGCUCGCAUCCCAUACCAACGAUGCCGAUCAUGGAAUCGAGACGCCUGUUCGCGCAUUCACACUAAAGCUACAGCUUCCGUUACGAUGCAACGAGUCGCCGCUGUACGAGCUCGUUAUGAGUCUGGAGUUCCUUCAUCAAUUGGCAGCUUCCACUACGACCGGCGUACUUAACAGUCUGCUCAUCACAUUAUCUAUCAACACGCAAGAUUCGGACACGGUCGAUGGCACGGCACUAAUGAAAGCUGUAGUGUUUUAUAUAGCUGCUGCCGUGGAGGCGUUUACUUUUUGCUUUUGCGGAGAAUACCUCACUGCCAAGAGCAAAAUGAUCGGCGAUGCAGCGUACAAAUCAGUUUGGUAUGAUUUUACACCCAAGGAGAGUAAGCUUGUUCUGCUUAUAAUAUUGAGGUCACAAAGAAGACUUACCAUUACUGCUGGAAAUAUGAUGGACUUGUCGUUAGAGGGAUUCACGAGUAUUUUAAAGGCCUCUGUUUCGUAUGUGUCAGUAUUGCACGCAAUGUAUUGAAGUUCGAAGGCAAGCCAUUUAGUGUCUAGAUGGCCAUUAUAUGUUGUUAAAGAUAUUAGGAGUUUUUCUCAACGGUUCUUUCU